UGUGUCAUGGACACGAUUAAGGAUUAGUAGCUGCACUUUGGAAGUAGAUUGCACUCACAAAGUAGCCACUAUGCGGGCUUUGUGUUUGGAAGGUAAGUUGGGAGUAGCUCUGUGGUUUUGGACCAAAAUGGUACAACAAGGUGUUAUUCCUGAUGUUCUUACUCACAAUUUCCUUAUAAAUGGACUUUGUAAAAUCGGUGACUUGGAGAAGGCUGAGUGGGUUGUUGGAGAGAUGUUAUACAGGGGUCCCUCUCCAAAUUGUGCCACCUACAACACAUUAAUGAGGGGUUAUUGCCUUACCAACAACGUGGACAAGGCUCUUGAUCUUUUAUCUUCCAUGGCUAAUUCUCGUGUUACACCAAAUAGAGUUACAUGUAACAUUCUUGUACAUGCACUUUGUAAUCAAGGUCUAUUAGAGGAUGCUAGAAAGCUUCUUGGGGAAAUAUUAGGUGAUAGUUGUGACAAGCAUACCACGAAUUUGAUCACCUCGACUAUACUCAUGGAUGGUUAUUUUAAGCACGAAAAUGUGGCCCAGGGUCUCAUUCUUUGGGAUGAGAUGCUCCAAAGGGGUACCCAAAUGGAUGUUGUCGCAUAUAAUGUUAUUAUUCAUGGAUUUUGUUUGAGCCGAGACGUGAACACUGCAUACAAGUACUCUUGUGAAAUGUUUAAAGGUGGUUUACUUCCUGAUGCGUUCACUUACAAUACUCUUAUCAGUGUGCUUUGUAAGGAAGGAAGGACUGACGAGGCUUGCUAUAUCCAUAGUGUUAUGUCAAGAAUGGGUGUUUCUCCUGAUGAAAUAUCAUUCAAAAUGAUUAUCCAUGGCCUGUGUAUUAACGGAGAUGUUGUUAAAGCUAAUGAGUUUCUUGUUAGAAUGUUAGAGAAUUUGGUUAUACCUGAGCCUCUCAUUUGGAAUGUUAUAAUUGAUGGCUAUGCAAGAUGUGGAGAUAUACAAAAAGCUUUAUCCAUUAGAGAUCAGAUGGUUGCAUUUGGCGUUUUGCCCAACAUAUUUACUUAUAAUUCAUUGAUUCAUGCACAAAUAAGAAGUGGAAAUGUUGUGGAAGCUCAUUCUCUAAAGAAAGACAUGCUCUUAAAUGGCCCUUUUCCUGAUUUGGUCACUUAUAAUCUAUUGGUAGGUGCUGCUUGUAAUCUUGGCCACAUUCAUUCAGCUCUCCAGUUACAUGAUGAAAUGUUGAGGAGAGGGUAUGAUCCGGAUAUUAUUACUUACACUGAGCUGCUUAAAUGUUAUUGUGUAAGAGGUAAAAUGAAGGAGGCUGAAGAGCUCUUUGUCAAGGUACAGAGAUCUGGUAUACCUAUUGAUCAUGUUCCAUUUCUAAUACUCAUGAAAAAGUACUGCAAGACAAGAAAGCUUGAUAGUGCAUUUGAUCUUUAUCAAAAAUGGUUAACAAGGGACAAAUGAGUUGUUUCAUGACCGACCUUUCAGAGGCACUGAAUUACACUGUUUCUGAAUGAGACCCAGAAUGACUUCUGCAUUACAUUUAUGCAUCUAAAUCUCAGAGUGUCCUACGGCGGAAGCUUUCUGCUUCUUGCUGCUGUGGCCUGCAUGUGCAGCUUCUGGAGGUAU